UCGGCGGUGCAGCGGGUGUGCAGCAGCAUGGUGAGCGGCGGCGUAGAGAGCGACAGUAGUGGCUAACAUACGGGCAAUAGCGGGACGGUGCGCGGGUGCGGUCGUGUCGGCCGUAUUGCGCUCGGUUGACGACUAUGCGCUUAUAGCGGCGUUGUUCGCUCGUUGCAAGCUCGCGAGAGAACGCAAUUCGCGCUAGCUGGGCCGAAGAAGCUCCCUUCUAGAGUGAUAAGAGUGUUGCCUCCCGUCACGUCGCUCGGACCUGGCAAAAAUGUAAUAUCCGCGAGCUGGACCUCGGAAGUCCCCCUUCAGCCACCGGGAACCACCACCAUCGUCGCCUUCGCCACGUUUGUUCGCGUUCACCCUGUUCAGCGAUCGCACGGCGGCGAGGUAGCCCUCGAAAAGCGCGAAACCGCAAUGACGGGUCACGUGGCGGGGGGUCGCAAGGCAUCGUCGCGGUUGUGGAGAACGAGAUUCUUGGGCCGACCGGCCUGAGAUAUGCCAGCGAUCGCGGUAACACCUCGAUCCUCAUCAACGACACCCUCGGCCGAAGCAGCGGAGCAGUGCCGAUCGACCGCUGCCUCGUCGGGUUGCCGGGUCUACGCGACCCGACGCGACCUCUUCGUAUCAGCGACCGUCGACCCGCGUCCGAGCAGGGCGGUGCACUGUCCGGACUUGAACGCCUGCCUGGUGAACGAGUCGCGGCCCGGCCACGAGCGGGUGGACUGUCGGACGAUCCACUUCGGCUACGCGAUACCGAUCAACGUCGUGCCGGUUCGCGAGUGCCCCGAGCUCGUCGAGCUGCUGUUGGACCACUCCGCCGGCGAGCUGACCGGCCGGGCGGUCGACUUCCUGCUGGACCACCAUCCGCAGCUGCGCCAACGGCAGCGGUGUGAGAUGGCAGCGACGGCCAAGCACGAUCUACGCCGCAAAUUCCCCGCGGAGACGUCCUCCGGCGAGGAGGAUAUCGCCGCGAUCGCCAAGCAGAUCAGCGACCACGCGGAGGCGAUCUAUCAGACGUGGAAGAGCCGCGGCUUGGCGCCGACGGAGAUCCUCACCUGCCACAGCAAUGCGACCGCCGUCGACAAGUUCGGCAGCGCGCUGACGCCCUGCAAUUCGGGUAGCACCAGCAAGCCCUCGCGUUCGCCCUCGCCGACCGACAUACUGGCGCAAACGCCGAAUCUUGACAACGGCAACCUGGAGAAGCUAGUCAACAAUUUCGUGGUAGAAGAUAAAGCCAGGAUAGCCGCGUCGAAGCAGCAGAGGUCGUCGCCGAAGCCGUUACCGUCUUCCAUACAGUUCGCCUUGCAGAAGUUCGAGAGGAACUCCGCGCAGCAGCAGCCACUAUCGACGAAGAACCACGUGGCCGACGGCCACUCGAAGAAGUUGACCAACAUUCUGUUGUCACCCACCUCGCCGUUCUCGAACAAACCGUCGCAGAUAGUGAAGCCGCAGGUGGCCGCGAAGACGCUCCCCGGCUCUCACCACUGCGAGGUCCUCCUGGAGACGAUCGAGACCACCUUCCCGGCCGAGCUGACGCCCGCCAGUAAGAGAGCGACGCAGCAGAAGAGGCCAGCCAGCACGUUGAUCGCGCCCACCGGCUCCUCGUUGGACAUCGAGGCCGGCUCGGGACUGACCACGUGGCCGUUGAAGAACAAGCUGAACGAUGCCAAGAGGAUCGCCGACUCGAUGGUGUCUCGCGCGAGACCGUCCCAGCCGGACGACGAUGUCACCGCGAGAACGUCGCCGGCGGAGAGGAACACGCGAUGCGCCUAUCUCGACGAGGUAGCGCGCGAGGAGGAAAGACUGAUCAAUGCUUUGAAGACGGGCGCGGUCAUCAGCGAGGAACGGACGCGGCAGAAACCGGCCAUCAAGCGAGAGAAGCCGAAGGUCGAACCGGUCAAGCAGAUCAUCAUCGGCAGCCAUCAUCACGGGGCCGGCUGCUCGACGGUUGCGACCGUCGGCCAUAUGAUGGUGAACGAGUCCAAGCCGCUCAGCAAGGACGACCUGUCCGCCAUGUCGGCGGUGGAUUACGCCAAGGUCAGGUACCAGGCUGCUCAGCAGAACCCGCCGACCCAGCAGCGGCUCGAGGAACAACGGGCUUCUUCCGGACAGCCGUACAAUUCUACGGAGCAGCUGGUCUCCAGCGCGAGGACGAAGUUCGAGAUGGAGAUACGCAAGGACAAGGACGUCAAGGACUGGCCGGACGGCGAGAACAGGUGGAGGCCGAGGAUCACUUCGCCACGACCGCGACUGGAGCAGGCCGUGCCUCAUCCGGAGCUGACCAGCCAACAGAAGCAGCAUAUAAGGGCGGUCGCGGCAACCGGCACCGGCAACAAUCCCGUCAGGCCGUUCCUCACGAGAGGCUCCGUGGCGGAGCGCGUGCUCAUCUUCGAGAAGUGCCCGAGCGAGCUGCUGUUGGACAAGCGCGGCCCACGUCAGCCGGCCAUCAAUACGUGGAGAAGCGGGCACGAGGUGCAGAGCAAGGCUCAGACUUACACGAGAGAAAAGACUCAGCAGAAGAGCCUGCCGCCACAUACGACACUACAGAGGCAGGUGAAAGCCAAUAGAAAUGUUUACAUACCGAGAUUUUAUUUCCCCGGAGGCAAACCAGUCCCUCUGCCGCAAUUGGAGGGCACCAUCUCCAAGAUCACCGCGGCCUUCCAAAGCCUGCCGAACUGUCGUGCUUUUCGCGCCCAGUUCCAUACGAUCACGAAGGCUUGCGACUUGCCGUUGUAUUGGAAAAUACCGCUUUUCCUGGCAGCGGACGGCGAUCCGAAGGGAUACGUCGAGAUGAAUGCUUUCCUGGAAUUUUGGAAAGAACUGACAAGUACUCACUACGACGCAGCUAGCAAAUUUAUCAGAAUCGUCACCCGGGGCCUCCGAAGCAAUAUACUCCCGGAGGACCUGAUCCCGCUCGUGCAGGAUGUGGUGGAAACCCACCCGGGAUUGAUAUUCUUGAAAGAAGCCACAGAGUUCCAUUCCCGCUACGUACACACGGUGAUCGCUAGGAUAUUUUACUGCGUGAAUCGGAGUUGGAGCGGCAGAAUUUCAGUCGCGGAGCUGAGAAGGAGCAAUCUCCUGUCGGUGAUCGCCGUGCUUGAACAUGAGGAGGAUAUCAAUCAGGUCACAGCAUACUUCAGCUACGAACAUUUUUACGUGAUAUAUUGCAAAUUCUGGGAGUUGGAUCGCGACCAUGAUCUUUUCAUAGACAAAAUGGAUCUGACGAGGCAUAACGAUCAUGCGUUGUCGACACGAAUGAUCGAGAGAAUAUUCAGCGGCGCGGUGACAAGGGGAGUAAAGAGCAGCAACGGUGCGCAACAGCCGGAAGACAAGAUGAGUUAUACGGAAUUCGUUUGGUUUCUUCUCAGCGAAGAGGAUAAGAAUCACCCGACCGCCAUUGAAUACUGGUUUAGAUGCAUGGAUCUCGACGGCGACGGUUACUUGUCGAUGUACGAGUUGGAGUACUUUUACGAGGAGCAAUUGCAUCGAAUGGAAGCGAUCGGUCUGGAAACAUUGCCUUUCGAGGAUUGCCUCUGUCAGAUGUUGGACAUGAUUCAUCCAGCAACGCCGGGCAAGAUAUCGUUGAGCGACUUGAAGAGAUGCAAGAUGACGUCCAUCUUCUUUGAUACCUUCUUCAAUCUAGAGAAGUACCUGGAUCACGAACAGAGGGAUCCGUUUGCUUCGACAAGGGAUCACGAUGCAGACGGCCACGAGCUCUCCGACUGGGAUCGAUUCGCCGCAGAAGAGUACGAGUUGUUGGUUGCUGAAGAGAGCGGCAAUGAACAACACGAACAAACGUCGUACAAUAUUGCGUCAGGGGACGCGUUAUCGCCAAAUCUGGACAUCUUGAUGGACGAUUCGGUGGAUAUGCUUAAGGGCGCGAAUUUACUGAAUACGAAUUCAUUGGAUAUUCGCACGCAGCAACGGUCGAAGCACGACGAUAGCGGCGACAGCGACGAUUACGCCGACAGCGACAAUUGAUUUUUCCCAAAAUCGCACGCACUUUUCGGCCACACAAUUGGAAGGAGAGAGAGAGAGAGAGAGAGAGAGAGAGUCAACAGGGAACAACGGAGCAACGGUGUUGCGAAACCGUUCGAAGGACGGAACGCGUCCACUCGACGCGUAAUCCUUUCUUCCGCUAUCAUUACGUGUGAGGUCCACCGAUUGCGACAUAACCGGAUAUCUAUCUUCGCAUUACUGAUACUGCGAACCGCACUCUUCGAUAAACUUUUCACACGCGUCCCAGGCGUCCGUGUAAACGUUAAUCGUGUCCCCUUAUUCUCGAAACGCGAUAUUUCCUUCAUUAUAGUAUGCACUGGUUUAGUACAUUGCAAGGUACACGAUUGCACACAGUACAAAUAGAUUAUGUAGAUAUCUCGAGAUGCUGCAAUGUUACAGCACAUAUAUAUGUAUAUAUACAUAUCUAUAUAUUUAUAUAUACAUAUAUAUAUAUAUAUAUAUAGCACAUACAUAUACAGCAUAUAUAUUCACACACAUAUACAUUCGUAACGAUAUGUAUAAGUCCAUUAGGAAUCUGACCACUGCUGCCCAACCAUGUGAUACGUAGAGUGCUGUUCAAUGCGCACAGCAUACGUUGUGUAUGCCACACAUUGUACAUAGAGCGUUGUGUCGACCAUCGACUCUUACUUCCGGCUAUCACAAGAGCCGAGAAUACGAAUCUCAAUCACGUGGAAAUCUCGUAUACUCCGGAAAAAUAGAGUUCUCGAACACGAAUCUGUAAUACGAUCGGUUUGAAAUCAUCUGUAUAGCUGAUGAUACACUUUUGUACAAGAGAGUCGCCCGCAAUAAGUUGUUUUCUCGAUAGUAGGGAUACUCAGUAAGUAUGACACGAACGUGUGUGCACUUUGUAAAUACACACUGUGUAUUUGAAAGAAAGGAAGGAAGAAGAGGGAAAAGUAAGUCGAUAGAAAUCGGAGUAGUAAAUUAUUUUGUACAAUAAUGUCUCUUCCGUAGGAACGUACGUAUGUUGUGCAAGGAUCUGCAAAGAACGGUGUUAUCCCUUGUAAGACGAUUCGUUGUUAUUCGUUGUUAUUUGUAUGUUGUGCACGAAACGUUUUCAAGUCGAGUAUAAACGAGAAAAGUAACGCAGUAUGUAAUCUCCUCGGGAACAUCGGAAGAGAGGCAGAUUAUUUUCUUACGAGUUUUCACUUUCUCUCUCCACACGUUAUGUGCUGUAUCGUCAUAUCAGACCUACUAGUAAUCGCCAAUAGAAUGUGUUUGUGAAGGUCUGAUAUGUAUACCAGAUUUUAUAUAUAUAUAUAUAUAUAUAUAUAUAUGUUUGUAUGUAUGUAUGUAUGUAUGUAUGUGUGCGUAAAGGUGCUCACCGAGCUAUCAUGUAACAAUUUCUGUAUAUUUAAUACGGUAGAACGAUGAUUAUAAAAUGUUGUCGAUGCUUUCGUUUUCCUAGUCACAUGUUUUUCGCAAGUACGAUUAAAAACGAACGAGCUACGUAAACAAAGUAAAAUCACGAGUCUCAAUUUUUAUACGAUUUUUUUUUUUUUUUUUUUUU